AUGCCUGCAGCACACCUUCGAAAGCCGCUCGAUAGCCAACUGGGCGCUGGCGGCGAGAUGUCCAUGGCGUUCUUCGUCCAGCCGGACUGCCCCGUUCGAUUUGCCCACCAGGACGAGCACCGCACAAGGGUCUUAACCGCCGAGGUCAUGGCCCGCGUCUUGCUGCCUCCGCCCGCGUGGCUACUCGCGACGGAAUAUGCGCCCCUCCGAUCGGAGGCCGACGAUUCCCCGAUAUCCGUCUUCUUUAGCCUCAAUCUCUCGAUUUACGGCCAGCCUAUUGAUGACUCAGAAUGGACAGAAGAGUGGUUUUUCAUGAAUGGCCGCGUCCACCCCUACGCCCUCGCGUGGGAGGUUGAGCAGCGCGACGGCCUGGAGUCUGACACGGGCGCCACCCUUCUCUAUACCAUGCCCGCCCUUGUCGUCCGCGACCAAGGCUUCCAGCCGUAA